AUGAAAAGUGAAUUUUAAUUUUUUGCUUAGUAUAAUUUAAUAUUUUUAAUGAAUUUUAUUAUUAUUAUUUUUUUUUAAAAGGCGUUUGAAAAAGUGGAGGCUUGAAUUUGAUUUUAUCAAUUCUUAGAAUUAUUUUUCAAUAACUGAAUAAUUUGGGGCUAAAAAAAUUAAAUUUUUUUAAAUAAUUAAAACGCAAGAACAAAAAUAUGAAGCAAUAAAAACUUAAAACUCUUGCGAGUUGAUGUGAGGAAAAAGCAGACUUCCACGGGUGGUUUGCGUAGGCAUUGAAGCAGUUAUUCGGUAAAUGGUAAUAGCAAAACUGUUAAAACGGUGUUGCUUUAUAAAUAGGCUAUUAAGGCUUCGAUUGUAUCCCGCCCUUUUUCAUUUUCUUUCUUCUACACAGAAGCUGCUCUCCCUCUCGUACCAACCUCCUCACUGAACGCUUCGUCUCUCCAAGAAACCACAUCUCCGUUGGCCAUUUCUCUCCGGCCGGCAACAAUUCUUGGAAAUGGCAAGGAGAAGGGGGGCGAGAAGUAAUCAGCAAACGCAGGCAAGGGAGACCGAGGAAAGGAAUCGCAGUCGAAAUGAGCGGGCACCUGGAGAACUGAAUAACCCGUCUCAUCUUUUAGGGACCACUGAUGCUCCUAUUCAUAUCAUAAAAGUAAGGGAAGGGGAUGAAUAUUUCAUGAAGCUCUGGGGUGUAUUCUGGAAGAUUAGUCUGUGGAUAUUUGCAUUUAGAGGAAUCAUGGAAAUACUCAAUAAAGUGCACUAUGAAGAAGAUGUGAAACCUAGCAUGGAAUCUAAUAUAACGUUUAAAGAAGUUAAAGGUGUUGAUGAGGCAAAAGCUGAGCUGGAAGAAAUUGUUCAUUAUCUUCGAGAUCCUGAGCGAUUUACUCGUCUUGGAGGCAAGCUUCCAAAAGGUGUUCUACUUGUUGGGCCACCAGGAACAGGUAAGACUAUGCUAGCAAGGGCUUUAGCAGCAGAAGUUGGUGUGCCCUUCUUCUCAUCUAGUGGUAGUGAGUUUGAAGAGCUUUAUGUGGGUGUGGGAGCAAGGAGGAUCAGGAAACUUUUUUCAGCAGCAAAGAAGCAGUCACCUUGUAUUAUAUUCAUUGAUGAAUUAGAUGCUCUUGGAGGAGCUCGGAGCCCAGACGAUCCACAGCGCUUUAGAAUGACUUUGAAUCAGCUGCUAAUUGAAAUGGAUGGCUUCAAACAAAAUGAAGGAAUAGUUGUGCUUGCUGCAACCAAUUUUGUGGAGUCAUUGGAUAAAGCACUGGUAAGGCCAGGACGGUUUGACUGUCAUGUUGUUGUCCCCAAACCUGAUUUUGAAGGACGGCGGCAGAUCUUGGAAGUUCACAUGUCAAAGGUACCUAGGGGAGGUGAUGUUGAUCUGACAAUCAUUGCCAGAGGAACACUUGGGUUCUCUGGGGCUGAGCUUGCUAAUUUGGUCAAUUCUGCUGUUCUCAAGGCAGCAAUUGAUGGUGCUGAAGAAGUAACAAUGGCCCAUUUGGAGUAUGCAAAGGACAAGAUCAUCCUGGGAACUGAACGGAAAUCUGCCAUGAUAUCUGAAAAGUAUCGCAAUCUGACUGCUUUUCAUGAGAGUGGCCAUGCAAUAGCAGCAAUCCACGUAGAUGGAGCCCUCCCAGUUUAUAAGGCAACAAUUACCCCACGAGGGAAUUCUUUUGGCUUGGUUGCUCAGUUACCAGACAUGGAUGAGAUGAGCAUCUCACAAAAACAGAUGCUUGCUCGGCUUGUUGUUUUUAUGGGUGGUCGUGUUGCAGAGGAACUCACUUUUGGGGAAGAUGAAGUUACUUCAGGUGCAUCAUCUGACUUUGAGCAGGCAACCUCUCUGGCAAGAGCAAUGGUGACAAAGUAUGGCAUGGGCAAGGAUAACGGGCUUGUUUUCCUUAACUAUGAUGAUGAUGCAACAAACUUGAGUUCUGAUACUAGACUUCUUAUUGAGAAAGAAGUGAGGAGGCUUCUUGAAAUGGCUUACAAUAAUGCGAAAAGAAUUGUGAUGACUCAUAGGAAGGAGCUUCAUACUGUAGCUAGUGCCUUGUUGGAGCAUGAGACUCUUACAGGAAGUCAGAUCAAGGCCCUGCUUUCUCAGAUCAACUCUCAGAAGCAGCGGAUGCAAAACAAGUUGGCAUUAGCGGUCCAUUAGUUCUGUGACAGCAGCGUUAAUUACCCAAGUUUCUGGCUUUUCAGCAUAGACAUUGAAACUGUGUGUUUCUUUGUUGAGUUGGGGCAGCUAACAUUUGAAUUGGCGUUGAUUCGGCAAGAACUUAUAUUAAGCUGUGAUACUAGAUAAACGGAGAGGAUUUACUAACAGGUUUCAAUAUGAGGUCUAAAUCUGCAGUUAAAAACUACUUGUAAAGAUUUAGUUGCAUUGUCACACAAAUGGUUUAGUUUCUGUAAAAAUCUCAAUAGUUUACCAGCAUACUUUGAAAUAUAAAUCAUAUACACUGACUUCCCAGUUUUAUGUUAGAUUCUUGCAGUUCGAAAGAAUUUAUUCAGUUAUCGAUUCUUUCUGCUGCAGUCUGAGAAUGAAAGGACGUUCCUGGCUUGAAUUUGAACGACUGCCACAGGAAUUAGAAUGUUCAUUUCUUUUUGUUUGUUCACAUAUUUUCUUACAGCAUCAUCGGUGUUUUCCCACAGGAAUUCACUGUUUUUGAUAUGCUAGGUCUAAUGUGGAACAGUUCACUUUGCAGAUCAAAAGAUUGAGCGCAAAGGUUGACAGUGCCGGAAAUGGAAUGUUAAGAUUAAGGUUAGGAUGGUGCAAAGGUUGAAAAGAAAGCCAGCUAAUCCGAUCAGGAAUCUUGAAUUGAAUCCUCAAAACUUUUGCUGUACAUAAAAGUUGAAAAUUUAUUUACUUAAUUAAGAGGUGAAAUGAAAUCAUUCCUUCUGGGCAGGGCAGAUUCUUCGAUUUUGGCUACCUUAAUAAUCACUACCAAACAAGAAAUAAAGAUGGAAAGGAAUUAAGAAACAAGAAGGCUAAAGCAAUAAGCCAAAGGCCUAUACAAUGGAGGACAAAAUUAUGCCAGACUAUGCCAUAAAUGUAUGUUUCCAUCCCAUGCAGUGGUGCGCGUAUAUUGAAAAGAAACCCUAGUUUCACUUUUCACACACAAGAUUUUCUUUGGAGCCGCUAUAGCUUCAUCUAUGUUGACUCUGGUUAGUUGUAUGAUUCUAAACGUUACCACCUUUUGCUUGCUGAUGAAUUAUUAGAAUUAAUUAGUUUUAUUUGGAUAACGAAGUGAGCAAAACUCUCAGCAGGAUAAAAAAUGCCAGAUCCAGAAAUACCAGCAUCUGUAAUAACGAUAGCCAGAGGCCUUAGUUUGUUCGUUGCAUCCCUUCCUGCAAAGAGCAUGCUCAGGCGAUUAUUCGUUGUUCUAGAUGUAGUAUGCUUUAAGACUAUAAACAAUUACCUGUUAAACAUAAUUAAUUUGUAAUUAGCAUGUUUUAAUGUGUUUGUGGAUUCUAAUAUUUUACUGUUCCAUGUUGUGACCUAAUUGCUUCAAUCGAUUCUGCAGCAAUCGCAGCUGC